AGCCGAACCGCCCUGUAGCCGCGCGGAAGACCUCCCCGGAGCAGGGGAGGGGCGGGAUUUCUCAGGGAACAGAGAAGCGGGCAGCGCUCGGCGGCGGCCGUCCUGAGACGGUUGGUCUGUAGCCGCGGUCCCCCUUCCUAUUCUCCCGACCCCCUCACGGGAGCCCGAGCCGUGCCUGGCCGCCAACUCGUCCGCCCAGGCCUGGCCCGGCCUUCUGCCUUUUCCUCAGCGCGGGGAUCUGGCGCCCGGAGGAGAAAGACGGGAGCCCCGGACGAGGAUUCGCCGCGCCGGCUCUGAGGCGAGGUGCUCACCGGCGGCCGCGGCGGCACGCAGGUGCUGCAGAAGGCAAAUUGGUAACCUCAGUCAACCUUAAACGGGAUGAUCAUGCAUGUAACACAGAUCUGCAGACUUUGGGGUUUAAGCACGGGUACACGAUUCGUAGCGCUUUCCUGAGCAUGAAUUCAGAAUGAAGCGGCGAGUGGAGGAACAGGAAUCGCCCGUCUAUGCGUCCCAGCAGAGACGCAUUGCCAGCAGCGCCGAACCCUUCCAGCACCAACAUCGCGUGCUCGCUCCGGCCCCCCCUGUAUAUGAAUCUGUUUCGGAGACCAUGCAAUCCGCUACCGGGAUCCAGUACUCGGUCACUCCCAGCUACCAGGUGUCCACGGUUCCCCAGAGUUCCAACAGCCAUGGACCCACCUUAGCCACCGUCCACAGCGGGCACCACCACCCCACCCCUGUCCAGCCCCAUGGGAGCCAAGUGGCGCAAAGCCAUGCUCACCCAACUCCACCAGCAGCGCCAGUCCAGGGGCAGCAGCAGUUCCAGAGGCUGAAGGUGGAAGACGCUCUUUCCUACCUUGACCAGGUGAAGCUGCAAUUUGGUAGCCAGCCUCAAGUCUACAAUGACUUCUUGGACAUAAUGAAGGAGUUUAAAUCUCAAAGCAUCGACACUCCAGGGGUGAUCAGCCGCGUCUCUCAGCUCUUCAAAGGCCACCCAGAUUUGAUCAUGGGUUUCAACACCUUCCUGCCUCCCGGCUAUAAAAUCGAAGUCCAGACCAACGACAUGGUGAACGUAACCACCCCGGGGCAGGUGCAUCAAAUCCCAGCCCAUGGUCUCCAGCCACAGCCCCCGCCGCAGCCCCAGCACCCGUCUCAGCCCUCGGCACAAUCUGCUCCCACCCCAGCACAGCCAGCACCGCAGCCGCCACCCGCCAAGAUCAGCAAGCCCUCCCAGCUACAGGCGCACACGCCCACCAGCCAGCAGGCCCCUCCCGUCCCCUACGCGUCGCCUCGUUCUCCGCCGGUCCAGCCCCACACGCCCGUGACAAUCUCUCUGGGGACGACCCCGUCCCUGCAGAACAAUCAGCCGGUCGAGUUCAAUCACGCCAUCAACUACGUCAACAAGAUCAAGAACCGUUUCCAAGGGCAGCCGGACAUUUAUAAGGCUUUCUUGGAGAUCCUCCACACCUAUCAGAAAGAACAGCGAAAUGCCAAGGAAGCCGGCGGGAACUACACCCCGGCGUUGACUGAACAGGAAGUCUAUGCCCAGGUGGCACGCCUCUUUAAGAACCAGGAGGACUUGCUCUCCGAAUUUGGGCAGUUCUUGCCAGACGCAAACAGCUCGGUUCUCUUGAGCAAGACCACUGCCGAGAAAGUGGAGUCCGUGAGAAACGAUCACGGAGGCACCAUUAAGAAACCCCAGCUCAACAGCAAGCAGCAGAGGCCCAAUCAGAACGGCUGCCAACUCCGGAGGCACGCCACCACGGGGGUGACCCCACCAGUGAAGAAGAAACCAAAGCUUAAUUUGAAGGACCCAUCCUUUGCAGAAGCUGGCAAACAUGGGACAGAGUCUCUGUUCUUUGACAAGGUCCGCAAGGCGCUGCGUAGCACAGAGGCCUACGAGAAUUUCCUCCGCUGCCUCGUCAUUUUCAAUCAGGAGGUCAUUUCCCGAGCUGAGCUCGUACAGCUGGUUUCUCCAUUUCUGGGAAAAUUCCCCGAGUUGUUCACUUGGUUUAAAAAUUUCCUGGGCUACAAAGAAUCCGCACAUCUGGAGAGCUUCCCGAAGGAGCGAGCUACCGAGGGGAUAGCGAUGGAGAUAGACUAUGCUUCGUGCAAACGGCUGGGCUCCAGCUACCGAGCCUUGCCUAAAAGUUACCAGCAGCCCAAAUGCACAGGCCGGACACCGUUGUGCAGGGAGGUUUUGAACGACACCUGGGUCUCCUUCCCAUCCUGGUCCGAAGAUUCUACGUUUGUGAGCUCGAAGAAGACUCAGUACGAAGAGCACAUCUACCGAUGCGAGGACGAGCGGUUUGAGCUGGAUGUGGUCUUGGAGACCAACCUAGCCACCAUCCGGGUCUUGGAAACGAUACAGAAGAAACUCUCCCGCUUAUCGGCGGAAGAGCAAGCCAAAUACCGUCUCGACAACACCUUGGGGGGCUCGUCCGAAGUCAUCCACCGCAAAGCUCUGCAGAGGAUAUACGCAGACAAAGCUGCCGACAUCAUCGAUGGCCUUCGGAAAAAUCCAGCCGUCGCCGUCCCCAUUGUGUUGAAAAGAUUGAAAAUGAAAGAAGAGGAAUGGCGGGAAGCCCAGAGGGGAUUCAACAAAGUGUGGCGGGAACAGAACGAGAAAUACUAUUUGAAAUCCCUGGAUCAUCAGGGCAUCAAUUUCAAGCAGAACGACACCAAGGUCCUGCGAUCCAAGAGUCUUCUGAGUGAGAUUGAGACCAUUUACGACGAGAGGCAAGAGCAAACGUCUGAAGACAACACCGGCCCUCACCUGUCCCUGGCUUACGAGGACAAGCAGAUUCUGGAAGACGCAGCCUCCCUGAUCAUCCACCAUGUGAAGCGUCAGACGGGCAUCCAGAAAGAGGACAAGUACAAAAUCAAGCAGAUCAUGUACCACUUCAUCCCGGACCUCCUCUUCGCUCAGCGAGGGGAGCUCUCUGACCUGGAGGAGGAGGAAGAGGAGGAGAUGGACGUGGACGAGAACUCGGGGGCGGUGAAGAAGCACAACGGAGUGGGGGGCAACUCCCCCAAAGCCAAACUGCUCUUCAGCAGCACCGCAGCUCAGAAGUUGCGCAGCCUGGACGAGGCCUACAAUCUUUUCUAUGUCAACAACAACUGGUACAUCUUCCUGCGCCUCCACCAGAUCCUGUGCCUGCGGCUGUUGCGGAUCUACAGCCAGGCGGAGCGGCAGAUUGAGGUGGACAGCCGGGAGCGGGAGUGGGAGCGGGAAGUGCUGGGAGUGAAGCGAGAGAAGAGUGACACUCCGGCCAUCCAGCUGCGCUUGAAAGACCCCAUGGACAUCGAAGUGGAAGACUACUACCCUGCUUUCUUGGACAUGGUGCGGAAUCUCCUAGACGGCAACAUGGAUUCCUCUCAGUACGAGGACUCGCUGCGCGACAUGUUCACCAUUCACGCUUACAUUGCCUUCACCAUGGACAAGCUCAUCCAGAGUAUUGUCAGACAGCUCCAGCACAUAGUGAGCGAUGAAAUCUGCGUGCAGGUGACCGAGCUCUACUUGUCGGAGAGCCACAACGGUGCGACGGGAGGGCUGCUGACCUCACAGCCCUCUCGCUCCCUGGUGGAAACGGCCUAUCAGCGCAAAGCCGAGCAGUUGAUGCAGGAUGAGAACUGUUUCAAGAUGAUGUUCGUUCAGAGCCGAGGCCACGUUCAGUUAACCAUUGAACUGCUGGAUACAGAAGAGGAGAACUCUGACGAUCCUGUUGAGGCAGAGCGUUGGACGGAUUACGUGGAUCGCUAUGUCAACUCUGACUCCACAUCUCCAGAACUGCGGGAACAGCUGGCCCAGAAGCCGGUGUUUCUGCCCAGGAACCUGCGGCAGAUCCGUAAGUGCCAGAGAGGUCGGGAGCAGCAGGAGAAGGAUGGCAAAGAGGUGCUGGGCAAGAAGCCCCUGGAGAACGUAGAGAGUUUGGACAAGCUGGAGUGCAAGUUCAAGCUGAACUCCUACAAGAUGGUCUACGUGAUCAAGUCGGAGGAUUACAUGUACCGGAGGACUGCCCUGCUGCGCGCCCAUCAGUCCCACGAGCGAGUCAGCAAGAGGCUGCACCAGCGUUUCCAGGCCUGGGUGGAUCGGUGGACGAAAGAGCACGUCACCCGCGAGAUGGCGGCCGAGACCAGCCAGUGGCUCAUGGGGGAAGCCCUGGAGGGCCUGCUGCCCUGCACCACCACCUGCGAGGCUGAGGACUUGCAUUUUGUCAGCAUCAACAAAUACCGCGUGAAGUACAGCGCAACCUGUAAGACGCCCUAAACACCGGGAGGGGGGCAAAGAGGGAAACCGAAACGUGUUUGGCUGGAGGGGAGGGCGGGAGCGCAACCGCCUCCCCUCCCUUCCGUGGGAGAGCGUGCGGCGCAGGGCAAAUAAAAGAGGGACAACUUCCUCUUUUCCCGCUUCCCCCUCCUCCACGCGGCUCCGCAACCCGCCACUUCCCGCAACUCUCUCCGACCGGAGACGUCCCCGGGCCUGUUUUCCCAUCAGUCUUUUGGAACCGAAGCCGGUCCAGCAGCCAGAAGCGCUGACGUCGGGCCCGCCGCCACGGGAGGUCCGGGAGUCGCCCGAGGGAGACGCACCUGGCCUCUGUCCACCACCACCAGCAGCAGCCCUGAUCCUUCGGGGGCUUGCAGUAGCUUGGCGAGACUUGGUGCGUGGCAUAUACGCCCCUCCCUUUCUGCUCCCCUCCCCGUCUCCCCACCCCGCCUGCUUCCCUCCCGAAAGACGCGAGGUUUAAAGCCAGAAUCUUUGAAGGAGCGCCAGAAGUGCUGCGUCCCUCGUCUCCACGGGACUCAGCGGCAGACUUUUCGCCAAACUUUUUGCCACUUCCCGAGUUCUGCAGACCAAGCGGGGUGGGGGCGUCUGGGGGUCUGCCGUUUCGACUUUUCCUUCUCAUCCAUUGCGUUCCUGUGACUGGGACUCGUCUGACGUCCCUAAACCGAUUUAAGAUCAGUCUGUUCUUUCUAGUGCCAGUGGAACUAUCGUUUUAUUUGGGUUUUAUUAUUAUUAUUAUUAAGAUGAUGAUGAUGAUGAUGACUAUUAUUAUGUUUUGUACCUGCUUGUUUACUAGGCUCUUAGUGCCAUGCACCAGCUGUCCACACAAACACACUCUUUCUCUCUGUCUCCCUCUCUUUCUCUCUCUCUCUCUCUCUCUCUCUCUCUCUCAAACACACACACACGCAGACACACACACACACAAAUCUGCUCAAUCACACAUGCACGCUUUGACAAUAGCAGCCACAACCAAUUUUAAACCGGUUCUUUCUCCUCCGUUCCCCCUUCCUGGUUUUUUUUUUUUUUUUUGUAAAUAAAUGUAUAUAUUUGUCAAUUUUUUUUUAAUUAAAAGAAUAAGUGUGCUUAAUGUGCUAGUACAACUCUUACUAGCCUUUUUUGAGUUACCAGAUGGUUUCAGGGUUUAUAGUAUUAUACAGGUGAGGGCGGCAAAGUCAUUUUAUUACACUUUCUACCAAAGGGAGUUUUCAUUGUGAUGCUUUGUGUGAAGGUUGUUUCUCCUUUUUUUUUUUUUUUUGUAAAAGUAAAUGAAACCCACCCACCAUCACCCCACAAAAAUAAUAAUAAGUGAAAAACAAGGAGAAGGAUCUUAGUUCUUCCUGGGAAAGAGAGACAGGGCUUGCCUACCGGGUCUUCCAGCCCAGCCAAUUCACACUUCGGGGAAACUGAGGCUGGGCUCCCUUGCGGAGGACGAUGGCGCUUUUUUGUGCAGCAUUUGAGAAAAUAAAAUGCUGUAAGUAACAAGCCAGCAUUUAACAGACUUGCAUCCCUCUGCCCAUCUGGGUGGAGACAGGUCCAGAAAUAUUUAAAGAGGCUGAGAUGAAGGAUAGGACUUCAGCUUUUGAGGUGGGUCUUCACAAAACUACCCUGGGAGCUUGUAAGCAGCCAUAAGGUUGGUGGCUUUGUGCUUUUCAAAAAAGUGGGCUUCCCUGCACAUGGGGUGUUGGUUUUUGUUUUUGCAAACACACGUGCACACACACACACGCACAUACACACACAUUCAGUCCAGCAGUCUCAGAACAGUCUUGUGAUGGUCCAAGGCAAGGAGACGGAAAGGAGGGAAGACACUUGCAGGAAUUCUCUCAACGCUACUGGAAAGGGGGGGGGGUGUGGAGUUGGUAGGGCAGGGAAGGGAAAACGCCCCAGGGAAGAAGACAACACAGCAACACAGCAGCAGCAGCAGCUCCUCUGAGCCAGAACCCAAUAAGCAAAAUCUUGAGUAUGCCAGCAAUAAACUAACCUCCCCCCAUGCUCUCGCCCUCUGGCCUGUUAAUAAGAGGUUGGGAAGGGGCUGGGGGGGGGGGAUUGGCAGGGGUCAUUGUGGUGUGCCCUGCUCAGCUUGUGUGCUUCUUCCCUUUGCUCCACUCUCAGAAUCAUCUCUGGAGCUUCUGUCCCUCCACUUCCUGGCGGGCUUUGCAAGCGAGAAGGUCAUGGGCAAACAGCUUCUGCCCUGGUUUUCUUCCAUGAAUUUUGCCCAAGAUUCUUCUUGAGCCAGGCAGAAAAAUGGCGAUUCCAGGUGUGGGAGGGGACAGAAUCGCCUUCAACCGUACCAACCCCCCCGCAAUCUUUCUCUAGUGGAGUUUCCCAAUGUUGCUCUUCUCUCUUCCCCCCUCCCCUGUUCCCAUCAUCCUGGUGUCUGACGUCUAAGAUGCAAGGUCCAAUCCUGGCCUGUGCCAUCAGCAACACAAGGUGUUCCUUCUGAUUUUAAAAUGGCUUUCGUAUUCUAUAAUGUGCUUCUUCUUUUUCUUCCUCUUCCUUUCCUUUUCCCUCUUAUCCUGAUCCUUCCCCUUCUCUUCCUUUUUCUUCUCUUUCUUCUCUUUUCUUUGCCACCUAAUUCAUGUGAUGAUUUCUAUACAGAUGUUGUAAACUUGACUGUAGUGCAGUAUGUCCAUUAAACUAUCAGGGCUA